AUGGCCAUAACUGCAUCAGAAAGCACUACGCCAGCCAGUGCAGUGAAUGAUGACAUCAUGCCAAGGAUGGGCUACAUUAUUCUGGCAGUUAUUAUUGGUUUCUUCUCUGUUUUUGGCAUCAUACUGAACAUGACCGUGAUCGUGGUGACGCUGAAGCACAGGCAGCUGCGACAGCCGCUGAACUUCGCUCUGGUCAACCUAGCUGUGGCUGAUCUCGGUUGUGCAAUGUUUGGAGGACUGCCAACCACGGUGACCAAUGCCAUGGGCUACUUCAGCCUGGGCAGGGUGGGGUGUGUGCUAGAGGGGUUUGCCGUGGCCUUCUUUGGUAUUGCUGGCCUGUGCUCAGUUGCCAUAAUUGCGGUUGAGCGCUGCUUGGUGGUUUGCAGGCCGGUGGGUUCCAUCACCUUCCAGACGAGACAUGCAGUCGCAGGAGUCGUCAUGGCCUGGGUCUGGUCGUUCCUCUGGAACACCCCACCUCUUUUUGGAUGGGGUAGAUAUGAGCUGGAGGGUGUGCAGACGUCUUGUGCACCUGACUGGUACAGCAGAAAUUUGGCCAAUGUGUCCUACAUCAUGUGUUACUUUCUCCUCUGCUUUGCACUGCCUUUCUCUGUCAUUGUCAUCUCCUACACUCGCCUCCUGUGGACCUUGCGGCAGGUGAGCAGACUGAAAAUGUCAGAGGGAGGAAGCACUGCCAGGGCCGAGGCACAGGUGGCCUGUAUGGUGAUUGUCAUGGUGAUGGCCUUCCUGCUCACCUGGCUGCCCUACGCUGCAUUUGCCUUGUCUGUGAUCUUAGACCCAAACCUUUACAUUGACCCAGUGAUCGCCACAGUUCCCAUGUAUCUGGCCAAGAGCAGCACAGUUUUCAACCCCAUAAUCUACAUAUUCAUGAACAGACAGUUCAGAGAGCAUGCUGUGCCGUUCCUACUCUGCGGCAGAAACCCGUGGGCCGUUGAGCCAGUAUCAGAGGAAGAGACCACAGUAUCAUUUAUCAGCAGGAGCAGCAAGAUCUCACCUUCAUCAUCCCAAAUAAAUGUAUGAAGGGUUAGCCCCUUCUAAUUUAUAAAAAUAUUAUUCUCUUGAUGUUUUCACUGGAAUUGUUGAUUCGCACUGUUAUGGCUGUUUUGAUGAGGAAAAAGCUCUGCGUUCAUUUAAAUUGGUUGUAUAUUGCAUUCAAAUAGAUGAAUGAAUGUGCUGCUAAUCCAAUUAAAACUCCAUGUAAUCAUAUUAUAGAUAAUAUUCUUGACUUCUUCCACCAUAUGUGAUCAUUUGUGGGAGUCUGUGCUUUUAGCUGAUUAAAUGGAGACUUGCUUAUUAGCAGCAUCUUUAGAUG